AUCGCCUUCGAGACAGGUCAAGCCACCAAUAUCAAAAGUAAAAAAACUUCAACCUCACCCAGAACCAUCGACUUACUCUUUUAAUCCUUUCAAACACGACCAAAUUAUCUUUCUCUUUCUUUAAAUUAUCAUCUAUCCUCUUUAAAAAAAGUUCAUAAAGAUGUCUAACGGUGAAAAAGAAACAAGUCUUAUCGACCGAAUCGAAGGUGCUGACUUACUUCUAGAUAUUCGUGAUAUUGCUUUCAAGGAUAGCUUUGGUGAAGAUAAGCUAGGACCUAUUUUAGAAUUCGAAGAGGAGAUUUUAAAAGCCGAGUUAGAUGUCUAUAAUCACAAGGCCAAGCUAAUGGCGCCCAUCUUCAAAAAAAGAGGCGAGUUCCUCAAAACGAUCCCCGGUCUCUGGCUACGGGCUAUGACAAACUUUUCUCAGUUGGCCAAUUUCAUCGAUCCCGUUGAUCGCGACGCCCUUGAACAUUUAGAAGACUUGACAAUCGAGCACGAUCCUAAAGACGCUCGAAACGUCACCUUUCAUUUCCAUUGGUCGAAAGCCAACCCGUAUUUUUCAGAUCGAACACUCACCAAGGUUUUCACCAUAGCAAAGGAACCAUCCAACAAAGCUAAUGGAGAAUCAAGUGGAUCCGCUUUUUCCAAAUUAGCCGAGAAAUAUAAUGUUGAUGGAGAUUUAAGCUCUGAGGCUGUACCAAUCAAUUGGACUUCCAAAGAUCACGACUUGGUAGCUAAGAAGCCGAUGCUAGAUAUCACUGAGAUUGAAGAAUAUGAUGACUUUGAUGGUAGUACCGGAAGCUUCUUCAACUUUUUCGGUAUUACCGAUGAUAAGUUUAUGUUACACGCCAUCUUACUUGAACUGCACGCUAAAGUCUUGGACUUUUACGUGGGUAUUGACGAGGGAGAUGACGAUGAUGUCGACAGUGAUGAAGAGGAAGAUGACGAGGACCCAAACAAGGUGGUAGAUCUAGGUGACGAUUCAGCUGAUGAAGCUGGUUUACCCAAGAAGAAAAAGGCCAAGACUGGAGAGUCUACAAAAUAGCUUUGAUCUUUCGUAUAUCUCCUAUUUGAUAUCAAGAAAAAAAAUAGAUCUGGAAAGAUUUGGAAUUGUUUCUCUGUUCUUUUUUGUAUAGGGCAAAUAUGUGUGCUACUUUACACCUUAUCACCUUGUUCAAACACUAUCAUCUUCUACUCGCAUUGUUACUUGACUCAUUCAACGCGAAACAUAUACCGUCUUAUUAGGCAACAU